CUCCUGACGCCCCUCUCCACAGCACCUGCCAGGCUGCUCAGCUCCUCUUGUUCCUUGGAGGAGACAUUGCAGUGCAGCUGCUCCUUCCAUGGGACCCCCACUCCUUCCGUGCGGUGGGCGAUUGGAGGUGCCCCCGUGGGUGUGGACAGCGUAGACGGCAACUUCCAGGUGACUUCCGCCACCCACGGCCCCUGGGCCAACAGCACCACGAGCCUGUCCAAGGAGCCCGCGGCGGGGAUGAUCCUGCUCUGCGAGGGCAAGAACCAAAAUGGAACCCACGCUUUGAGCAUCCUGCUGAUGUCAAGAAGGAGUCCUUUGACUCCCCAGUCCUUCCUGAAAGGGCUCCUCCAGGGUGUUACUUAUGGGUCCGUCGCAGUCCUGCUGCUCUUCCUCUGCCUCCUCCCCCUGAUAGCGAAACAUAUCAGGAAGCCGCGGACAAAGAAAAUCACAGGCAUCGAAGCACAAAAGAGCCCUAGAGUCAGAGCCUGCCAAGAGUCCAAGAUGCCUCUGAAGCCCGAGGAACUGGGAAAACCCAUAAUCGUCCCAUCUUCUGAGAGCCAGGGCUUGGUAGGUACCCACUGUGUCCGGAAUCCAGUGCCUCUCCGUGGGGAGAGGGCCCUGCAGUGCGUUAGAGGAAUCAUCCCCAAUCCUGUAGGGCCUCUAAAUGCGGAAUGGGCUAGCAGCUCGUUAUAACGAAGCCAAGUCCCAGAGGACUUUGUGGAAGAUGAAAAUUAAGAGAAAUAAUUUAAGGAGCAAUUAAAACCAACACACACACACACACACACACACACACACACACACACACACACACACACACUGUUGAGGAGAGGGUUUCGGGAGCCCCAAGGACUGGAUCAGAGUGGAAGCUAAAGAUCUGGUCUGCAGGUGCUCAGCAGGCAGUGACCAGCACUGCACAGAUGCCACAGGCCCAAGUCAGCCCAAAACACUUGAAAACAGGCAGAACUCAGCUACUCCUUCAUUCUCUGUACCCCACAUCUCCAGGGGGGCUUGGGAAGGGCAGUGCUGGAGGUGGCCAGACCUUGCUGUGAUUCUCCAAGACCAAAUCAGCCCAGCUGCCCUCCCAACACCCUGUGUAAAGAGUUGUGCAUCUGUGAAACCUCGCCAGUACUUCCCGCAGUCCCAGCCACGUGUCUUCCGCUCCGUGCCGGGCGAUGCUGGGUCUCAGAAAUGGACCAGCCCCAAGCCUUGCCCUCAGAGAGGGCAAGCAGGCCGAAGGGGUCGCUGCCCUCACAGAAAGAGGACUGAGCAGGAGGCCCAGAGGAGGGAGGGCCAAAUCUGCUGCAGGAAGUCACACAAGCCACUGCCGAUGGACCUGAGGAAACCCUGUGGCUCCAGGAAAACAAAGUGGACCGGAGCCCAUGAAGCCUGUGGAGUCUGCCCCACACCUGGAGUCCCCAUUAACCCUGGAAUUAGCACAGUCCACAAAGCCCUUGGAGCCCCAGAAACCCUGGAGUCCACAGCAAACCUGAAGCGCUCAGUCCCCAAACCCUUCACAGCCCCUAUUUGUCGCUCGCACUGGUUCUCCAGUGGUGAGCGUUUAAACUUGGUCCUGACUACAACCCUUGAAGGCAAAUCCUAUGACUGGUGUUUGGGUAGCCGGAAGGAACAUGCCCCGGCCGGAAAUGGCGUCACAGCCAGGAAAAAUGCGCGUGCAGCUGUAAAACGGGCCGUUCUCAAAUAGCUUUUGAGCCCCUACCGUGUGGCCAAUACCUGAGGGACACAGACAAGAACACUGAAGCCGCCAUAUUUGGUCAGAUUCCAGCUUCCGUGCUUAGUGGCUCUACCCCCUGUCACCCUCUUUGAACUUCGCUGUCCUCACGACACACACCUGGAUGGAACGGGAGCAGGACGUGGCACCCACAGACUCAGGUAGAGAAGAGGCCCUGCAGUGGCCCUGGAUGCCAAGAUAAGGCCCUGGAACUGCAGCUCCUAGGGCCUUGUCCCUGACUCUCUUAUAAUGUGAGCUCCGUGGGAACGGGGACCUUAUCUGUCUUACUUUGUACUUCUAUCACCAGCACCUUGAAUUAUGCCUAAGAUGUAAGAAGUUUUCAAAAAUGUUCAUCAAAUAACUGAAUGGUUGGAGGUGUUGGAUUGAAGAUGGGAACCUCUGUAAUGGCGUGGUGUUUGCUUCGACUAAAGAAACAGAUCCUCUAGAGGACAGGCAAACAAAGGAGAGGAAAGGUACUGGGAGAAAAGAGCAGUGUCCCUCAACAGCUGAUCCGCCCGGGGCUGGAAGGAGUCUACAACCAUUUGCUCAAGAAAAAUUAUUCGCCUGAUAGCCGGGGACAUCCUGCUAAAAGUGGUCCAGGAGCGACAGUUACUUGGUAUCUGAUGCGGGGGUAGAAACCUGCGGGUUCUGCACGGCCUGCCCCUUCCCAGAAGCCCCCGCGAGCAUCGUCAGGCCCUGAUUGGCUCUGAACAAUGCACAUGUGCUGAUCGGUGCACCUACGGAAGCGACUUGGCCGGGGUACCCGGGCGACUUCCGGAGGGUAUCACAUGAUACCCAGCGGCUGGGGUAGCACGUGACCUCCAGCGGACGCGAGACUGGCGAGGCUCCGCGGAACACCUCGGCCAACUGAUACCUUAGCCUUAAGCAUUCAGUAUCUUCUUCUGAGUCCCUCUUAGUGGCCUGCUCACCGUUAUUCCGUGUGUCAGGACGUACAGGUCAUCCUGAGUCCUUAAAUCCUUCCAUUGAAUUCGUUCUUCUAGAAAGUAAUUUCUCCAAGCACAGUGUCUAUAAGUCAGCCAGUCACCUGGUGCUUGCAGCACAAUUCCAGGUGGAAGUUCAAUUUUCAAGGAAAUAGCCAGGGGUCGAUACGGUGAGGAAGGGCCUGGCUGCAAUACUCAGAACCUGAAACUAGGAGGUAAAUCUGGAAAAGGAAAUGAUUAUUUGGGGAGAGGAAAGUGAUUGAAGACAAUCAAUGCACAGGCCGGGGCUUGGGGAAGGAAAGGUGACUUGAAGGAUCGCUGCGUAUUCUGCAGUAAAACCCCUGCAGGUUACAGGUGAGGAAGAGGAGGAGCAGCAGAGAGGACCAGGACUUUCACCAGAGUGUAAAAGCAGAGGGCUGGAUCUUGAACCAGAACAUCACUGGGAAGAGACGACAGUCGAAAAUAUUCACAAUUCAAAAAGGACAGAAGUUGGUAGUGGUGAUAUUAAUGAUUAUGAACACUUAUUCAGGGCUUCUACUGUGUGGGGCUCCGGUCUGCGGAUUUUACAUACAUUAGCUCAUUUAAUCUUCCCAAGGAUCCUGCAAGAUGGAUACCGUUAUGAUCUACCCAUUGUAGGUGUAGAAGCCAAGGCCCAGAGAGGGGACGUGACUUGCUCGCUGCUACACAGCUGGCAAGUGAUGGAGCCAGGCUUGGAGUCAGGCAGGCUGACUGCAGAGCCGCAGUCCUGACUACUGCCCUUUGUACACCUUCCUGAUUAGUACAGCUGGGAGGGUGGGCUGGGGCAGGGCAGAGAACACACAUCCUGUGAAAUGCUACAAGAAAAUAGAGCAUGUUAGGGGUGUAUAAAAUGCCAUGAGACACAGUGUGUAAAAACAAUAGCUCAAAGGAUGGGAGAAAUAGAAAUAUAGAUUAUAAAGGGUUUGUCCUCUCUAUGUUAAGUAGCAUGGUAUUAUGUGAAGGUGGAUAGAAUAAUAACUUUAAGAGAUAUAUUCCUGUAGCAACAACUUAGAAAUUAUCUAAAACUAUAACUAAUAGGCUAGUAGUGGAAAUAAAAUAGAAUUAUAAAAAUACUCGCUGUAUGCAGUAUUAGAAAAGAAAGAAGA